AUGAGGACGCCCGUAGCCUCUACGAAACACAGCAUAAUCUCGAUCAUCCUUCUCUUCGCAGUGUACUGCAUUCCAAAGAUGCUCGCCCUCGCCCUCGUUCCCCUCAUAGUAUUGCCUCUUGCUCUCGCCCAUCCUACGGCUACGACUGCAUUCGAAGUCACCAACUUGUAUACAUUCGAGCCGUCGGGGAGGGACAACGUCUCAGUGUAUCGCGUUGCGUUCAAUGUUACGGAUCCGAGUGAUGGGUCUGCGACGGCUUGCGAGACGACGUGGCCGUAUGCAGUGUGGGAUACUGGAUAUCCUCAUGACUUUCUCGCAAAUUGCACAGACAAAGCCUGGUCAUUCAAAUUUAGCGAUUAUCAGAAUGUGUGGGACUUUGUGCUUGACGUGAAGCAUGUGAGCAGAAAGACGAACGGAAAGAAAAUUAAGCGCUUUGCGAAGGGCACUGUGGAUCCUGAGAAUGUCCUGUUGUGCACGCAUGCAGGCUCGGGGUUUUCGAUUUGUACGCAGAGGGAAGGGGUGGCAUUUCCGUUGGUUGUGUACAAGGAGGUAAAAGUUUGAGGGGUUGUCGUGCAGGUUCAGAUGGGUGAGGCAGUGAAAGUCUUCCGGAUGUGCGAGUACAGGGAUAUUAUUUGCUACAUUUGUGUUCAGAAAUACGUACAGAAACUGAAAUUCUCCUUGCCACUAUAAUUGUAUCUUCAUCAGUAGGUAGAAAGCUAUUCACGUGGGCUGAAAAGAAAUCUCAACUAUCCAAAGUCCUAGUCUAAAAUUAAACUCAAAAACUGCUGGGCAGUCUGAACACGAAUUCGAGUGUGAGUUCGCUU